UCGGCUCGGUUCGGCCGAGCUCGGCACGGCUCGGCUUGGCUCGGCACGGCUCGGUUUGGCUCGGCACCACUCAGCACAGCUCGGCUCGCCUCGGUUCGGCUCGGCUCGGCUGGACUCGGCACAUCCCAGCUCGGUUCGGCUCGGCGCAGCCGGGCUCGGAUCAGCUCGGUUGUGCUGGGUUGGACUGGCUCGGCUCGGCCCGGCCCAUCCCGGCACAUCCCGGCCGGUCUGGGCGCAGCGCGAAGGGGGAGGCGGGCGCUGUUCCUGGAAGAGCCCGGCCCGGGGAGUUGGUCACAUUCUUGGCCGGGAUUCAAUGACUGAGGCAGACACCAACAAACAGAGGGGGGGAGGCGGAGGGCGGGAGGCUGAGCCCGCCUGCAUUAGCUCAGCUCUCAGGCACUCUCAGUCACUGCUGGAAAGAGGAGCUGGGAGGAUGUGCGCGCUCUCCCCGCGGCUCCCCACGGCACAGCGACAGCGCCGGCAGCAGUAAGGGAAGGAAGGCGAGCCGAGGAGCCCUCGCAGGCCGAGCAGAGGGACGGCGAGGGGCAGCGGAGCCGCUGGCCGCCCGUGCGGAGCCCCCGCGCCGCUUGGGAGAGCUGGGCCUUUUCUCCUGCCUUCUUCCUUCCACACAGCCAGCGUGCUGCCUCCUCCUGCCUUUUGCUUUCCUCCCCCGCGCCUUCCCUCGGUGGAUAUGGACAGAAGGGGGAUCACUGCAGAGAAGCAGCAGCCGCCAGAACAUAUUUGAGCCCCGGGUGCUCGGAGCGUGGCACAGACUUUUUGUGUUUCCGUGGGUGGUGUGUGUGUGUGUGUGUAUGUGUGUGUGUGUGAGUGUGUGAGUGAGUGUGUGUUGGAGGUGUGGGAGGAGGGAUUGGUUUGCCUGGGGGUUGGCUGAGGGGGUGAGUGCUCGGAUGAAGACCUCUUUUUGCCGUGAUUCUGUGCUCCAUCGGGGCAGCUUGGAGACUUGGAGGGUUUGAAAUUGUAACGCGAAGCAAGAGGAAAGAAAGAAGAGAGAGACACGCAUACAAAAGGAUUUAUUUCCUCUCCGUUAGUGGAUUGCUGAGUGAGAAGGAGGAAAAACACAAGGGUGGGUUGUUUUAUUUUGUUAAUAUUUUUUUUCCUUAAAAAAUCCCUUAAGUGGAUUUGCACCAGGGUGGAAGAUAACUGGGGAUUUUUGCUGUUUGUUUUGGGAAUAGAAACUAAAAAAUGGAGACUGUAAGUAGAAGCAGCUUCCAGCCUCAUCCAGGACUGCAGAAGACCUUGGAACAGUUUCAUCUGAGCUCUAUGAGCUCCCUGGGUGGCCCUGCUGCUUUCUCAGCACGAUGGGCACAGGAGAUGUACAAGAAAGACAAUGGCAAAGACCCAGCGGAACCUGUACUGCAUCUGCCCCCGAUCCAGCCUCCUCCGGUCAUGCCUGGUCCCUUCUUCAUGCCCUCGGACAGAUCCACGGAGAGGUGCGAGACCAUCCUGGAAGGGGAAACCAUCUCCUGCUUCGUGGUGGGCGGAGAGAAGCGGCUUUGCUUGCCCCAGAUCCUGAACUCGGUGCUCAGGGACUUCUCCCUGCAGCAGAUUAAUUCGGUGUGCGAUGAGCUACAUAUUUACUGCUCCAGAUGCACUGCUGACCAGCUGGAAAUCCUCAAAGUCAUGGGCAUCCUGCCCUUCUCCGCUCCUUCCUGCGGGCUCAUCACGAAAACUGAUGCUGAGAGGCUUUGUAACGCCUUGCUUUAUGGUGGCACCUACCCUCCCCACUGCAAGAAGGAAUUCUCUAGCACGAUUGAGCUGGAGCUCACGGAGAAGAGCUUCAAGGUGUAUCAUGAGUGCUUUGGGAAGUGUAAGGGACUUCUGGUGCCAGAGCUUUACAGUAACCCCAGCGCAGCCUGCAUCCAGUGCUUGGACUGCAGGCUCAUGUACCCACCUCACAAAUUUGUGGUCCACUCUCACAAAUCGCUGGAAAACAGGACUUGCCACUGGGGCUUUGACUCUGCAAACUGGAGAUCCUAUAUCCUCCUCAGCCAGGAUUAUACUGGGAAAGAGGAGAAAGCUAGACUGGGCCAACUCUUAGAUGAAAUGAAAGAAAAAUUUGACUAUAACAACAAAUACAAGAGGAAAGCCCCCCGGGUCUCUUCAGAUCCUCCUGCUUCCAAAAAGCCCAAAAUAGAUGACUCUGCUUCCCAAUCUCCAGCUUCUACUGAGAAGGAAAAACAGUCCAGUUGGUUACGGUCCUUAUCCAGUUCAUCUAAUAAGAGCAUCGGCUGCGUCCACCCGCGGCAGCGCCUCUCCGCCUUCCGGCCCUGGUCCCCCGCGGUGUCUGCCAGCGAGAAGGAGCUCUCCAGCCACCUGCCCGCCCUGAUCCGGGACAGCUUUUACUCCUACAAGAGCUUUGAGAGCGCCGUGGCCCCCAACGUGGCCCUGGCCCCUCCAGCCCAGCAGAAGAUGGUGAGCAACCCCCCCUGUGCCACGGUGGUGUCCAGGAGCAGCGAGGCCCUGGGCUCUGGGCAGCCCAGGAAGAGGAAACACGGCCCGGAGCACACGGCUGUCCCCGAGGCCGCCGCCACCGCCGCCACCGCCGCCCCCGAGGAGGACAAGGAGUCAGAAGCAGAGAUUGAAGUAGAAACCAGGGAAGAAUUCACCUCCUCCUUAUCCUCGCUCUCCUCCCCAUCCUUCACCUCCUCCAGCUCUGCCAAGGACAUGAGCUCCCCUGGGAUGCAGCCCCCAGCCCCUGUCAACAGCUCCUACGAGGUGGCUGCACACCCUGACCCCCACAGCAGCGGGCUGGAGGCUGAGCUGGAGCACCUCAGGCAGGCCCUGGACAGUGGCCUGGACACAAAAGAAGCCAAAGAGAAGUUCCUGCACGAGGUGGUGAAGAUGAGGGUGAAGCAGGAGGAGAAGCUGAACGCGGCCCUGCAGGCCAAGCGCAGCCUGCACCAGGAGCUGGAGUUCCUGAGAGUGGCCAAGAAGGAGAAGCUGAGGGAAGCCACGGAGGCCAAGCGCAACCUGCGGAAGGAGAUCGAGCGCCUGCGAGCCGAGAACGAGAAGAAGAUGAAGGAGGCCAACGAGUCGCGGGUGCGGCUGAAGCGGGAGCUGGAGCAGGCGCGGCAGAUCCGCGUGUGCGACAAGGGCUGCGAGGCCGGCCGGCUCCGCGCCAAGUACUCGGCUCAGAUCGAGGACCUGCAGGUGAAGCUGCAGCACGCCGAGGCCGACCGCGAGCAGCUGCGCGCCGACCUCCUGCACGAGAGGGAGGCCCGGGAGCACCUGGAGAAGGUGGUCAAGGAACUUCAGGAACAACUGUGGCCUAAAGCCAGCAGCCAGCCCAGCAGUGAGAGCACCUCGAGCCCCAUGGAGAACUGACCCCUCAUCCCCCAGCACAGGGAGGGAGACAGUGGGACUGGGAGUGCACGUGUGAGUAGUGAUGUCCUGGCACACACUUUAGGAAUAUGGAUUCUCAGUAGUUGGAAGGCAAAUGUUGUUACUCUCUAGAACAGAAGCACUGAAUUCCGCCUCUUUUUUUUCCCAAUCCAUAUAGCACAACAUCUUACUGUGCCUAGAAAACACAAAGUGUUUGUAAACAAAAUACUUUUAAGUCCACAGCAAAUUUUCUACUGGCAAACUCUAAGCAAAGCAGUGUGGUCCAGCUGAACCCGGAGUCCAAGGUGAGCACGGCAGUGGCUUUGUGCUCUCCUGCCUGUUGGAACAUUUUGGAAUUUGAAAACAAACCGACUUUUCUUAUAAGCUAUUUAAAAUAAUUCAUUACACAGACUUGGUAUUAAAAAAAAAAAUUAACAAGAUUUUUAUAAUGAACCUUUAAAUGCAAAACAAAAAAAAAAAAAAGACAAAAAAAUAAAAAACCUUCGAUGCACAAUUUUUAAUGACUUUAUAGGCUUUGGGAUUCUUUGUGCAGAAGCCCCUCUUGGUGAUGAUGCCAUCCAUGUCAGGAGCAGUUUUCCAGCCAUCUCAGAAGCCAUCGCGGUUCCAUCCCGUCACGUGGGUGUAGGAGAAGUUCAGAGUGCUUUUCCAAGUUGAUUUUUUUUCCUUAGAAUGAAUUAUGUCCAUUUCCUGCCCUGGACACAGGAAGAAGGGAAGCUGCAGGAGUGUGCAGGGGGUGAGGGGAGCAGAAGGGGCUGGGUUGAGAGCCCCAGCCCAGCCCCACAGACCCCCCUGUGUUCAGAGACUUCACCCAGGAGCACGCCAGCCUUGGGAAAAGAGAGAGAGAAAGGAAGAAAGGAAGGAAAUGGAUGAUCAGUUGGUAGAGGAACAAAGCAGAGACAUCUGUGUGUUGAAGUCAUUCUGAAAUCUUCAGCUUUCAGUUUUCUGGAAAACUCAUCUUGUUGCACCAUCUUACCAUGAAUUCAGUAUUUCCCUGCUUCCAUUCCGAACUGUCAGUCAGGAUUUCUGUGCCCAAGGAGAGUCCAACGUUGCAGUGUCGGAUACUACAGAACAGAAAACCAACAUUUUUGCUGCUGUGAAUAAGCCUACAUCUUUUUUUAAAAAACUUUUUUGUUUUUAAAAAGAGAAUUACUUUAAUUUUGGGAUCCAAGCCGCAGCCCCGGGAUACAAUGCAGCAAGCCAUCACUGCCUUGGGGGUGGUGCUGAGGUUUUUUUUAUAUCUAUAUUUUUUUUAAACCUGCACUUUGUCAGAAUCUUACUCUGCAUUUUAUUCCCUGUUUCUAAGAUGUACAUGUCAAGCAUUUGAGAUUCUGCCCUAAGAGCUGUGCAAACCAUGAACCCAAAUGUGCCACCUCUGCCACCUCCCAUCAGCAUCCGUGUAAGCAAAGGAGGAUCCAGCAGGUCCAGAAUCCCUGAGCAGGAAUUCCCCCUGUGCUGCUGGUUCAGUUAGAACCUGCUUUUGUGGCUGUGUAUGACCCAAGCUGGGGAGCAGCAGAGAUGCUCCCAAAAGUGCUUAACAAAUAAAGCUGGUGCUUUACUGAUCAGGAGAAAAUUAAUUUUCACCCAUAAACACUCACCUCUGACACGCUCAAGCAAGUGAAAAUGUGAUCUGGGGCUGCAGAUGUGCCUUCCAGCUCAUUUUUCCUCUCAGCAUCUUUUCUAGGCAAUGCUGACACUUUUUUUUUUAACCUUAAAUAAUAAUAAUAAUUUUAAAAAAAGGAAAAAAAAGAGAACCCCCUAUGCAUCAUCAUACCCAGAGUUAUUCUAAAAGAAGAAACAUAUUUCCAGUAAUCUUUAUUUGCUUUUGGACAUUAAUGCAAACUAUGUAAGCUUCAAAAUUAUUUCCCAGUAGACAGAAAGCGGCUUCCAAUCCUAAAAUUAUGGUAUUUACUUACAGUACAUUAGAGAGAUUUUUUUUUUUGAACAAGAGCUGUUUGCUUGAAACCAUUAUAGUAACCAUUAUAGUAACUGUGAACAUUAACAAAGAAGUUCAUAUAUAUGUUUUAGGUACAAAAAAAGAAGAAAUAUGAAAGGAGUGGAAUUACUGGGACAAUGUAAAACUGUUGGGAGCAAGAAGUCACACCAAGUCAAUGACCUGAACCUGUCUGUGGAUACAGGGGUUGGCCCUUGUGUGUUUGGGAUACUGGAGACUGGCUCUAGGUGCAGAUCUCCUUCUAAAGUGCAAUGCAAAAGGAAUUUUGAUUAUGCUUGAGCAGGUUUUGUUUUUGUUUUUUUUUAAUGUGGGGUUUUAUUUUCUUUGUAUGUUUUUUUCUGCGAUUAUUAAAUCAUAUGCAUGGAUUAAACUCUGCCAUAUAGUCAUUAAUGGGCAUUAUUACUGUCUUAUGUAAAGGGGUUCUUUUGUUAUGCAGUAUGCAGAAAAAUGUUCUCAGCCUUAUGAUUUCCAGAUCUGUAUUAUCCACUUAUUUCUUCAAGGGAAACUAAACAACUGUAGCUGUAGCUGAUCAUUUUUGUGCAUUUCAAGUCUCUUGUGCUCUGCUUUACUGCCGUGUUGGGAACCACACGGAGAACAGACCCCGCUCCUGUGGCAGCUCAUGGAAGCCUGGCUUUGGAAAUUUUGCUUGUUUGGGUUUUCCCCCCUGAUCUAUGAUGGUUUCUCCCCCUUUAUAACCCCCAAAAAAUAGCAACAUGUCCUGGACAUGUUGUCACCCAGGAAAAGCCACUCACCUGAGCACACCCUGAGUUUUCCUGUUUGUGUCCAGGGAAAUGCACUCACUCACUGGGCAUGAGGCUCCCACACUUCUGAAGGAAGGAAAUCUGCAGGAUUUUCAAAGGAAAAAAACAGAACAGUAAACUGGUGAGCACCAAGCAGCCUCACCUGUGCUGCACAGGUGAAGGGUCCCAGGGCUGCACAGAGUCUCCAGACCAGAAUUGCAGCUGGGGCUUCCUCUCUGCCCCACUCAGGCACUCCAUGCAGGGCCAAACCUGCAGGUGAGCUCACCCCAAGACUCCCCAGGAUUUGCUCCUUGGGAGUGAAAGGCCAUUUCUAUCAAUCAGUUUAAAAGCAUGAAGAGAAAUAAUGGUGCAAGAAGAGAAGGAACAAAGAUUCUCCAGCAGCAGCCACUGCCCAGGAGGGGCUGGCAGGGCUGGGCCUGGCUUAAAGCACUGGGCUUUUCCUACCCGUGUUUAACAAUCAGAGCUCACUCUGCAGAGCAGGUGAGCUGUUUCUGCAGAUUGAUUGAUUGAUUGAUUUCUCACCCAGAGUCAUCAGCAGUGUCCCUGUCCCAGCCCCAGGGGGGCUCUGCAGAGCAGCCCCCCCUGUGCAGGUGCUCAGGCCAGGAGCUCUGGGGUCAUUCCUGUGGCUGCAACACCUCAGUAAAGCUGUGUGAGCCUGGCCCAUGGAAUCCCUUCCUUCCUUCCUUCCUUCCUUCCUUCCUUCCUUCCUUCCUUCCUUCCUUCCUUCCUUCCUUCCUUCCUUCCUUCCUUCCUUCCUUCCUUCCUUCCUUCCUUCCUUCCUUCCUUCCUGCAGCCCCCACUCCCUGCGCCAUUCCCAGGGAGAGGGGCUGCCCCUCCAUCCCCCCAUCUGUGCUUUAGUUUCCUUUAAGAAGUUCCAAGGGAGAAGAGGUGUUUCAUACAGGCUGUUGACUCUCCCUGUACUACAAAUAUAUUACUACUUGUAUAUUCAGUUUAAUUACUCCUUGUUUCUAUUACUGAACGAAGACUUAACGAAGGGAAAAAAAAAACCAACAGCAAUAACAUUCAUAUCUAUGGAGCAGCUAACUCUAUACAUAAUAUUCUGCUUUUCAAACAGAACUAGCCAAUGUAAAAAAAACAUUAAAAGUAAAUUCAACAUGUAAAUACUUUUUUUCAUUUUACACUGUUGUAUUAUAAGUGUAUAUGGUGUUUACUUUUUCAAAACUCUUUCUUACCUGGUAGUUGUCUUGUUUUAUGAGUUGUGUUUUUAACUGAGAAGAACCUUUGCUGUCUGUUAGGAAAAAAACAAAACAAAAUCUUUUUGCAAGUUUUCAAUGUGGGUUAUAACCUUUUCUCCAUCAUUUGCAUUUUAUUUGUCCUUAUUUUCACUGUAAAGUAUUUUAUUACCAAAAGGUUGGUUUUUGUUCCAUUCUGCCCUCUCAGCAGUCCAUGUGUUUUAGAGAGAAGUUUUUUGUUGGCUUGGUUGUUGUUUUGUUUUUUUUGGUUUUGUUUUGUUUUUGGGUUUUUUUUUUAAUUGAAAGAACUCACAGAAAUGACAUUUUUUCAAUUGAAGAAAAAUAAAUCUUUACAUUUAUAAUAGCCAAUAGCAUUUCAGCACAUUUUUGUUAUCCUGGUCUCUCCUAUGCUGCUGCUAAUGACAAUAUUAUGACUUACUCUACUAUUCUAGAACUAUUUUUAUGUAAGUAAUGUAUGCUUUCUUGUUUAUAAAUGCCUGAUUUAAAAAAAAAAUAAGAAAAAAGCUUGGCAUAUUUAUCUAUUUCGCUGUGUACCUUGAUAGUCCUUUUCCACCCCCUUUUCCACGUCCCCUGCCCCUGAUGCAGAUAAUAUUGUAAAAUAAAGGACUUUAUGAGAUUAUGUAUGAAAAUAGCUAUGCUUAUAUACCACAGUGACUGAAUGUACAGUGUAUAGACGCAUUACCGAAAAUAAAAUUGUUUGUCCAGAAAAAAAUAAAGAGCUCUGGGAUGUUUUUGGA